ACGGCGUAAACGGAACGAUUAUUGUUGUUUUGAUUCAAUUUAUUAUUCUAAUUACGUAAAUUAGAUCGAAAAUGUUUACAAGAUGAGUUUCGACAAAACCGUCGAACUUUCAUUAGCGACAUACAACUGUUUAUUUGCGUUUUUAUGUUAGAACCGACGCGAUGUAAACAGAUUUAUUCGCCUAUCAACAAUAAACAAUUUUUUGAAAUGUUACCUAUACUAGUUUACAAUAACAUGGAAGGCAGCUCUAAUUCUUUGAAUAACAGUGUAGGUUCUAGCUCGUCUUUUAAUCAGCUUUACGAUGAGAAUGUGAUUUUAAAUUCAGUGAGAAAUAGGAAAAAGGUGACUGAAUUGCCGAGUUGUCCGGUAUGCAGUUGUACGAUAAGACAUGGAGAAUUGGAGUCUCACAUGUCUUUGGAGGUGGAGAGGCUGCAGAAGCUGUCUUCAGGCGGGUCGAAGCGGAAACUCAGUGCGAACAGUUCGGGGGCUUCGCUAGCGGUGCCGGGCUCAAGUAGCGGCGCCGAAGUCGCCGAUGAUCAGGAGGUCGAUGUGACCGGGUGCCUAGGGAGUGAUGUUUAUCAACGCGUCCACACGAACCGCCUGCGCCGCCUGCGCGCGCGGCGCCGCAGCACCCCGCCGCCGGCGCAGGGCGAGUGUCCCGUGUGCAACACCACGCUGCCCACCUACAAGCUGCAGCGACACGCGCUGAGGUGUCUCAAGAGGACCGGGGCCGAUAUGGACGACAGCAGUCUCGAUGGCAGCUCUGAUGAUGAUAUAGAUGUCGAGAACGACGAGCCGAGCGGCGGGCGGUUCGGCGCGGAGUACGAGUGGUGCGGCCAGUGGCGCGUGCGGGCCUCCGCGCUGCUGGACGGGCCGCGCGCGGCCCCAACGCGACGCGCCUCCAGCGACCACGCGCUGGUGGUGGAUGGUGAUGAGGACACGGAGCUGUAUGGCCCUCCUCAAUACUCGCCCUCCAGAAUAGCGCCAGAUGCGGAGAUCCCCGACUCGGUCCCAGAAGAAACCGAGCAGAGACCAGAGGACACCAACGGACAGGCAGAAGAAGAACCAGCAGAGAAGGAACAUACGCCGCCUAAGUACAACGGACUGGUCGAAGCUAGCGCGGAGACCAGAAUACAGGCGUUAAAAGCAAAAAUAAGAGAACUGGAAAAGAGACAUAAUUCUGAGGCUAAAUGUCUCAUCUGCCUGGGGCCGCAUGUCUCCCCGACAGUGUCGAUCCAAUGCUGGCAUGUCUACUGCGAGGUCUGUUGGCUCCAAUCUCUGAAAGCUAAGAAGAUAUGCCCUCAAUGUAACGCCAUCACCACAGCACAGCACUUGCGAAGAAUAUACAUGUAACUGAACAAAUGCGCCUUUAUGUAUUUAUACGAGGAGCUCGGUGGCGCAGCGGUAAAUGCGCUCGGUCUGCGAUUGUUGAAGUUAAACAACUUUCGCAAUGGCCGGUCAUAGGAUGGGUGACCACAAAAAAAAGUUUUUAUCUCGAGCUCCUCCGUGCUUCGGAAGGCACGUUAAGCCGUUGGUCCCGGCUGCAUUAGCAGUCGUUAAUAACCAUCAAUCCGCACUGGGCCCGCGUGAUGGUUUAAGGCCCGAUCUCCCUAUCCAUCCAUAGGGAAGGCCCGUGCCGCAGUGGGGACGUUAAUGGGCUGGUGAUGAUGUAUUUAUACCCAAAAACAAAGAUGAAAGAUGCAUGUCUGUGAACUAUGAAAUAAGAAGAUUCAACGAAGGUAUUUUUUUACAACGCAAUCUUUUUUUUUUUGGGAUCGUAGCCUUGAAAGUCCCUCAAUGGCCCCGAUUCCUGUAGACACCUAAUUUUAUUUUAAGUUAUACCCGUCAUUUUCUUAUCCGCCGAAAAGGAAAGGGACCGAUGAUUGUCAACAAGUUAAUAGUGCGAAUAAAAUAGACAUCUCGCUGGUAUGCCAUCUGUUAUGUUUUUUUAUAUAAUAUUUAUAAAGAUUGGAUUGUAUUAUUAACUGAAACUCAGAUUACUUCGAUAUGAACUGUAUUAAAACACAUAAUAACGGGUUCUUACCGCGUUUAAAUGGGGAUAUGAGACUCUCGAUAUUUCGACACUGUUGAUAACCGCGUAAACUUAAAACAAUGUAUGAACUGUAUUUACCAAAAUAUCAAAUUAACAGUUUGUGAAACCUUGUGCGUGAGAAGAUCGGACGAGAGAGAGUGGGACGGAAAGCAAGACGGCAAUACAUGACAUUGACAUAUACGUUUAGAAAUUUAGUUACAAUACUAAACACCAUCCGUUUGAUGUGCUGUCUACUUAACUCUGUCGGGAUAUUGGCCGAUGUAAAAUUUUUAGACGGUUGUUUCAGAUUUCUGCUUAAAAUUGUCGUGUGUUCCAUAAAUUUUAUGCCUGUCGAUUACCCGUCCCUUUCUUUUUCAACGGAUAACAAAAUGACAGCUGUAACUUAAAAUAAAAUUAGACGGCGACUGUAGGAAUUAGCACCAUUGAAUUGUUAAACGUAGAUUUAUAAGAAACCCUGUCACGAUUAUGAGCUCAAAUGGUGAUUGAUUAUGUAUAGAAAUAUGAAUUGUGUUGACAAGGGGGCGGUACAGGGGCGAGCCUGGUAGCCCAGUUCAUAGAACGCUUGCCUCUCACUUUGAGGUCGCAGGUUCGAAUCCAGCACAGGCCUAAACCAAUGAUAGUCGAAUUUGUUUUCCAAUUCAUGUUUGGAUCAUAAAUGAUCAUCACGUGGUCAGCGGUGAAGGAAAACAUCGUGAGGAAACCCACAUUCCCGAGAAAUGCAUUUUCAGAGGUAUGUGAUCUAACUUGUAUUGGUCGCUGGUUUUCCCUUCGCGGAUUGGAAUGUCAGACAGGCAGUCGCUUCUGUAAAAAACCGGACCUGUCAAAUCUUCAGGUUAGGUAACGGGAUAAUGCUAGACAGAUGAUGAUGAAGGGGCCAGUACAGUCAUGAGCAAUAUAAUGUACCCACUUUAGAACCCUGUCGCACUAUCAUAUUUGACAUUUAAUGAGACUUACGGUUUAAUUUGCCAAAAAAGUUAAUGUGACCAUGGUAUAAGAAAACCAGGUAUGCUCAAAAGUGACAGCUAACAUUUCGAGGUUACCCCGCUGACGUCAACUCCCACUGUAUUGCCAUUAUGUAAAAAAUAAAUUACCCACGACCAAUGUUUUGAUAUUUAAUUUGCAAGGAAAUUUUAAACUUUUAGUAAAAGAUUUACUUACAGUUUUAAUUACUUUUAUAUAUGUGACAAGUAAUAGUAAUUAUAUACAUUAGUCAGUAAUUCACUUAAUUUUCAAUAAUAAAAUUUACGUCCUUGGAUUGUUGAGAUACCAAUUUAAUGGUAACACUUACGUCAUCAAUGGACUAGCAAUGGCGGCUUGUCAUAGGAUUGAGCAUCAGGUUUUCUUAUACCAUGAAUGUGACAUGGUUUCAAAGUGUAUACAUAUUAGUACUAGUGACCGUACAGUCAUGAGUAAUAUCAUGUACCCACUUUAGAACCCUGUCGCACUAUCAUAUUUGACAUUUAAUGAGGCUUACGGUUUCAUUUGUCAAAAAAGUUAAUGUGACAUGGUACCAAAGUGUAUACAUAUUAGUACUCGUGACAGUACAUAUACGGUUUUUUCAAAAAGUGUUUUUUUUUUACUUAUGAAGUUGAUCGUAAGCUAUGCUGAUUCCUGUACACACCAUCUAACUUUAUUUUAAGUUAUACCUGUCGUUUUCUUAUCCACCGAAAAGGAAAGGGACGGAUGAUCGACAGGCAUAAAAUUUAUGGAACACAAUUUUUGGCAGAAAUUUUUAAAAAAAUCAUAAGUUUAUAUUGGCUAAUCACCCGACAGCAAUAGGUUAACAGGCUUAACGUGCCCUCCGAAGCACGGAAUCAUCUUACUUUUUCGGACAAUCAGGUGAUUCAAGCCUGAAAAGAUUUAUAAUAUUUUUUAUUGUUUGUAGGUUCUCUAGACCUUCAAGUAGUGGCAAAAAGGUGUAAAGCUCAUUUAGUUUAGUUUAUCCAUGACGAAAAUUGAGGAGCUCGGUGGCGCAGCGGUAAACGCGCUCGGUCUGCGAUUGUUGAAGCUAAGCAACUUUCGCAAAGGCCGGUCAUAGGAUAGGUGACCACAAAAAAAAAAGUUUUCAUCUCGAGCUCCUCCGUGCUUCGGAAGGCACGUUAAGCCGUUGGUCCCGGCUACAUUAGCAGUCGUUAGUAACCACCAAUCCGCACUGGGCCCGCGUGGUGGUUUAAGGCCCGAUCUCCCUAUCCAUCCAUAGGGAAGGCCCGUGUCCCAGCAGUGGGGACGUUAAUGGGCUGAUGGUGAUGAUGAUGAAAAUAAGAAUUUCGAUCACCGAAUGGCAUGGCUACACUAACGCCAUCUAUUGUCGUCGAGCUAGGGUCCCAACACCCUUAAAAUAAAAUUAGGUGUCAGGAAUCAGGACCUCUGUCGGAGUAUAAUACGCCUUCUGUGAAGUGUACAAUAAGUAUUGGUAAGCUUAGAUGUAGAAGGAAUUGAUGUAAAUAAAAAGUAUUUUUUCCUACAA